ACUGCCGCUGAUGCAGAGUUCCACCCAGGUUUCGAUGAAUAUGGAAGAGGUCGACUGGAAUGUCUCCCCCAAACGAGAGAAAAACUUCUAAAGGACAUUUUCGACUGGUUUGACAGCAGUGCUUCACUUCAACAGCAUAUAUACUGGCUUCAAGGCAAAGCCGGAACGGGAAAGUCUACUAUCGCACGUACUGUUAUCAGCAGAAUGGUCAAAAAGAAUCGCAUCGUCGCCAAUUUCUUCUUUAAAAGAGGUGAAAGCGAUCGAGCUAGACUGAAAAGAUUUUUCACAACGCUGACAACUCAGCUUGUAAGAAAAUUGCCCAGUCUGGCUAAAGCUGUCCAAGAUGCUUUGGAAUCUGAGCCUUCACUACUCGAACAAGAUCCAAGAUUUCAGUUCAAGAAGCUCUUGCAAGAACCCUUGCAAGAGCAGAAACUCAACAAUUCCAAAGCUAUAGUGGUUGUUAUCGACGCACUUGACGAAUGCGAUUCCAAAGAAGAUCUAGUCACUCUAAUUCAGCAGCUCUCACAGUCCAUUCUUCUCACAGAUGCGAAUAAAUGUUCCUCUGGCCAGAUGAUAGUCAAAUAUUUUCUGACUAGUCGCUUGGACAACCACAUACAAUCUGCUUUCAAAAAUGUUCCCGAGAAGAAAUGCGAGAAAAGAGAGCUUGAAAAAGCCACAUCGGAUACCACUCGGCAGGAUAUUGAACGCUACUUGCAGUUUCGGAUGGAAACGAUUGACGGACUUUUGGAUACGCCUCCAGGGAAAGAACCCUGGUCCAAUCCCUCCGACGUGAAAAAUCUCCAAGAACUUACACAGCGGGCUCACCCACUGUUUGAAUUCGCUGCUGCUGCGUGUCGUUUUAUUGAUCAAACCGAAAUACCAGGGGGUCCACGAGUCCUUCUUCGAGACAUAUUGCAGUUCAACAUAUACGGUGAUCUCGACGGCGUAUAUCUUCCUAUUUUAAAUCGAAGAUUCUGCAACCUCAAAGACCCGUAUCGCAGCCAGGCAAAAGUAGAGUUUCAACGCGUUAUCGGCUCUGUCAUUAGCCUAGCGGAUGCUGUCACAGUUAAAUGCCUGGCUAGACUUGUGGGACAACCUGAGUUAGCUGUUCGCAACGAACUACGGCUUUUUGAGUCAGUACUGGUAGUUCCAACAGAACAAGACAAUCAGUCGCAUGUCAGAUUGUUUCACGAGUCAUUCAGGGAUUUCCUUGCUGGACCUGAUGCCAACGAGGAGUUCAAAAUUGAUUCCAGAAAAGCGCAUGCUCUCUUGGCAUCCCGAUGUCACCAACUUCUAUGUGGCUCGUUGCGACAAAAUAUUUGCAACCUGAAGACACCGGGAGCGCAUGUAAGCGAUGUUACCGAUGAAACUAUUCAAAGUUGCCUAUCACCUGAGGUACAAUACGCAUGCAAGUUUUGGGUUUAUCACCUAAAAAUGAGUAAAGCAAGCAUUAGCGACGGGGACCAUUGGUAUACAUUUCUUGUAUCCCACUUCCUCCACUGGCUGGAGGCCCUGAGUUUGUUGCAAAGGGCAUCAGAGAGUGUGCCGCAGCCUACAAAUGGAGCACAGGCUAGAGCCUUCUUAGAAGAUGCUCAUCGCUUUAUUCUCGCCUUCCGUCAGAUCAUUGAUACUGCGCCGCUGCAACUAUAUAGCUCAGCGUUGACCUUCGCCCCAACUGGCAGUAUUGUUCGACAAACCUUUGGCAACUGCCGAGCCAAAUGGAUCACACGUACACCAAACUCUGAACCUCAAUGGAGUUUAUGUUUACAAACUCUGGAAGGCCAUAGUAAUCGAGUUGCUUGCGUCGCUUUUUCUCCUCAAGGUAUUCUCGCAUCAGGAGGCCAUGAUGGAAUGGUCCUUGUAUGGGAUCCUUCAUCGGGUAACUGCCUGCAAUCCUUUCACAUAGAUAAAAGCCAGUAUUGUUCUGUCGAAUCAAUCAUUUUCUCCAAAGCCGGUAAAAUUGCUUGUCGGACCGCAGAGUGGAUUGUCGUGUGGGAUCCAAAUCAAGCUGUCUGUUUGCAAGAAGCACAUCUCAGGCGACGAACAACACCAUUAAAUUUUUCGCAAACAAAAAUUUCCAUAUCUUUUGCAGAUGAACAGAAGCUUUUGUUUACAGACACAAUGCAGGGAGAAAUUCUGGUAUGGGAUCUAGAGCAAGAUUCUGUAGAACGAGUCAAGCAUUCAUUAAAGAACCCGAUCGUCCUAGCUUCCGAUGGUCAGCAAGCCGCGUUUGCAAACGGAGUCGAAGUCAAUAUGUUAGACAUGAACUAUGAAGAUAACUACAUGCAUUCACCUAAAGUACUAAAAGAAGAUGAUAUAUAUGUUGCAUGGGCUGCGUGUUUCUCACGAGAUAAUCGUUAUUUCGCUUCGACUCUAACAAAUUCAAGGAUCAAGAUCUGGGAUGCUGCAUCGACGGCAUGUCUACAGUUGCUCCAUGGCAGGGAGGAUCAGUUUUACUCGUUGGAAUUCUCACCAGACAAUAAAUUGCUCGCAACGGGCGAUUUUGGGGGAAAUAUCUUCAUCUGGGACUGGAAAGAAGGCGUUCGUCUUCAGACGCUUACUGGACAUCAUCGCGCGGUGGAUUCAUUGGCAUUCUCGCCAGACGGAGCAUGGCUUGCUUCGGCAUCUGGGGACGGCACAGCUAAGAUAUGGGAUGCCACAAUAGAUUCCGUUGAAGGAGAAAAUACAAUCUCUUUCGAUAAUAAAGCUUUCGCGAUGGCCAUGGAUGGUCGGCGACUUGCUACAAUAUCUUUUACUGGGAGUAUAUCCCAGUGGUGGGACGAUUUUGGAAGCAAACGCAUAGAGCAGGCGUUCGAAGUCAAAUGUUUUAAAGUAGCCAUAUCUUCGAAUGGCAGUAUUCUUGCGAUUGGAUUAUUGGAGACAAGCGGCGUUCAAAUCUGGGACGUGAAUACAGGCAAUAAUUUACUCACACUCGAUCGUCCUUUCUUAGGAUACUUCUCGAUGGCCCUCUCAGCGGAUGGUGAAAGACUUAUUACAGGCUUUCUAGAUGGGGGAGUCGAGGUAUGGAAGUGCCGUACGGGCCAGCUGUUGAAAGAGGUACAGCAUCGACACUUAACACCUUAUGAAUACCAUUUCGACAAAUCUAUUAUGGUAGCCAUUUCGUCAGAUGGCGAACAUGUUGCCUGGGAUCCUGAUGGCGUUUGGAUCAUGAGACACGCUGAGAAGUUGCUAUGGCUACCGCCGGAAUAUCGGCUAUACGACGCAGCUGUUUCAGGAUCGAAUAUUGCAAUUGGGCGUAAAGCAGGUCGCCCAUUUGUUAUU